AUGCAGACUGUACCACCGCAGGGCGAUGGCCUUGUCACCUUCAUUCUCACCAUCGUCAUGCUGGCCAUCUGCUGGCCGACUCUCAUCGCCCGCUUUCUCGUACGCAUCAAGAUUAAAGCGCUAGGUCUCGAUGACUGGCUCAUGGGACUGGGUCUGGUCAUGUCCACUGCUUGGGGCGGCAUCCUCAUCGUCUAUUGCUACUCGGGCGGCGGCUAUCGACCCGAAGAUCCACGGAUUACCGACGAGCUCGCUGAGCGGACGCUCAAGUUUUACUUCAUAUGUCAAAGCCUAUACUGUCCCUCGACGAUCCCAAUCAAGUUCAGCAUCUGUGUCGCGCUCCUUCGCAUCUGUGGCACCCGCUAUGUCUUCAAAUAUUCCCUCUGGGCCAUCAUGGCCAUCACCGCGGUCGCUGGCAUUGGAAGCAUGAUCGGCAUCGUUGCAUCAUGCAGCCCACCCUCAGCAUUCUGGGAUCCAACCAGCGGCACAUGCAACGCCAGUAUCAACACCGUUGCAGCCUACUUCAUCUCAGCCUGCAGUAUCCUCACCGACUUUGCCCUAGCAAUCCUGCCAGGCCUCUUGCUAUGGAAUGUCCAAAUGAAGCGGACCAUCAAAGUCUCCGUCGGCAUCAUUCUCGCUCUAGCUGCCUUUGCCUCCUGUGCCACCCUUGUCCGCCUCCGCUAUCUGCUCGCACUCCUGGACAGCAAGAACUUCCUCUUCGCCUCCGCCAAGAUCGCAGUUUGGACCGUCGUCGAGCUCGGCAUCGGCAUCUUUGCCGGCUCCCUACCUCACCUCCGCCCCCUGCUGCGCUUCAUCCCUUUUCUCAACCACAACAGCACGGAUGACUCGCACCAAGACCAGCACCACACACCUGCACAAUACGGCAGGAGUCGCGAUGGCGUCAAGAUGUCGACCUUCAAAUCGGCGCACGACCAGGGUGUUCGUGGACAAUGGAACAAUCUGCGUGAUGAUGGAGACAGCCAGGAACACAUUCUUGACGAUGCCCCAAGCAUUUACACCGGGCCAGGCAUUCGCAAGCAAAUGUCCGUCACGGUAUCGGGGACCAUGACCGGGCAACAACCCCGGCCUGCGUGGCCCCAUAAAUAA